AUGCAUUUUAAAAAUCAUAUUUUAACGAAAAAACGUGUAAAAACCUGGUUUUAUGAAGGUAAUCUAAGUCGACAUUUCAAUAUGUCAUCAGAAGACUCAAGUAGUUGCCCGAAACAAAUGCCUGCUGAACGACCUGUUUCCUCAGAAUCAGAAUCACUAGACCUCUUGUGCGGCAUCAGAAAGCCUGUUAUUCACAAUAUGGUAUCUACUGUAGACUUGGGAUGUCCUAUUGAACUGAGGAAACUAGUACUUCAUGUUCGUAGUGCUGAAUACAAUCCACGCAGAUUUCCUGGUGUAGUUAUACGUUUACGUGAGCCCCGUGUAACAUGCCUAGUGUUUGGCACUGGUCGUAUGGUAUGUACUGGCGCACGAUCUGAAAUGGAGGCCAAUUUAGGCUCGCGUAAAUGUGCACGUAUCAUACAGAAACUUGGAUUUGAUGUGAAAUUUAUGAAUUUUACAAUCCAAAAUAUGGUUGGUUUAGCUGAUUUAAGAUUUCCUAUCCGAUUAGAAGGCGUACAGCUGGCAAAUGAACAGAUGACACAAUAUGAACCUGAAAUAUUCCCAGCUUUGAUCUACAGAAUAAUUAAACCUCGUUUGGUGAUGCUUAUAUUUGUAAAUGGGAAAGUUGUUAUGACUGGUGCAAAAUCCCGUGAACAUCUCUAUGAGGCAUUGAACAAUGUAUAUCCUAUUUUGUACAAUUAUCGUAAAGUUAACUAA